AUGGAGCACAUGAUUGACCACGCCCAGCCAGAACAAGGGCGAAAUCCACACCCUAUCAAUGCUUUGAAUGACAUGGGGGCACUGCAGAGAAUGAUCAGGGAGAUGAUGGAGCCUGAAGCCAGAAGGGGAGAAAGGACUACCUACAGAAAACCAGAUCCAGCGUACAUAGAUCAGAUACCUCUAUCCCCAAAUUUUAAAGUACCAUACUUCACUUUGUUCAAUGGAGAAGACCCCCAUGCUUCAUCAGUUGAGCAUAUAGGCAGAUUCUCUGUCCAGUGCAUAGCCAUAGAAAAUAACCCUCUGUUAAAACUGAGGCUUUUUGGAAAUUCUCUCUCUGGACAAGCCUUCACCUGGAUCCAGCCAGAAGUCACCAUCAGUGAUCUUGCUGCCCUCAAACGGAAUGAACAUGAGCCUGCACCAGACUUCAUAGCUAGAUUUAGGAAGCUCAAGAUGAAAUGCCGAAUCCCUUUGGAAGAGAGACACUUCAUCCAGAUGGCUCAAACUGCCCUUAAAAUCUCUCUGAGAAAGAGAUUUGAUGGGAUGCUAUUUGGAGAUCUGGCAGAGCUGGCAGACAAAGCAUCUAAAUAUGAGGAGCUACUCAGGGAAGAACAGCAGAAAAGGAACUCUUCCAAAGGCACAUACUACAAAACCCCUUCUUCUUCAGUACAUCUGGUUGAAGUAGAAUCAGAGGAAAGAGAAAUUGCAGUAGCAGAGAUGGCAAAGUUGAAACAUCCCAUCAGCUGCAAGGCUCUUACAAAGCCACCAAAGGACCAUAAGCCACCAUCGUUCAUAAGAGGGUUUGUUCCAAACAAACCAACACAGAACAAGGUGUAUUCCUUUGAUCUAACCAAGGUUGAUGCUUUGUUUGAUGAGAUGCUGCUACAGAAGGCAAUAGAGACAUCCCACAGGUUGCCCAAGCCGGAUGAACUCAAGGGCAGACAAUAUUGCAGAUGGCAUAACUCUUGGAACCACUCCACCAAUAGCUGUGUUGUUUUCAAAGAUGUCAUACAGGAAGGCUAA